AUGGAACAUAAAGACAAUUUUGAAGAACAAGAACUUAUAACACUCGCUCAAUUGUACACUAAUAUCGAAUUUUUAGGAUGCAGAUACCCGCAAGAGACUAUGAAAAAAAUCGCUAAACUGGCUGAAACAGUAUCAGCUAAGUACAAGGAAAGCAGAAAGAAUAAGUUGAAACGCACAUUUGUUCAAGCUAGUGACGCGGCUGAACAGAAAGCUAAGAGAAGUUUUAAAUAG